CUGCUCUGGCUCCACACGUCCUUCGCCUUCAUGUACCUGCUGCUCACGGUCUACAGCAUGAGGAGACACACGUCCAAGAUGCAUUACAAAGAAGAUGACCUGGUGAAACGCACGUUGUUCAUUAACGGCAUCUCCAAGUAUGCCGAGGAGUGCCAGAUCAAAGGACACUUUGAGCAGGCGUACGAGAACUGCACGGUUCUGGAAGCUCGCAUCUGCUACAACGUGGCCAAGCUCAUGGCUCUGAAUGCAGAAAGGAAGAAGACGGAGCGCAGCAAGAAGUUCUUCACCGACCUGAUGGCCAAGGAGCACGUUCCCACCAUGAUCAACCCCAAACCCUGCGGACAUCUCUGCUGCUGCGCCAUCGCCGGCUGCGAGGAGGAGGAGGCGGUCAGCUACUACACCAACAGGGAGGCCAAGCUGAAGGAGGAGUACAGGAAGGAGAAGGAGAAGGUCCACACCAAACCACUGGGCAUGGCCUUCGUCACCUUCCAGAACGAGGCCACGACUGCCAUAAUCCUGAAGGACUUCAACGCUUGUCAGGUCCAAGGGUGUCGCUGUCGUCAGGAACCUCGCUUGUCGCAGUUCAGCGAAGUUCUCCACGUGCACCACUGGAGCGUCUCGUACGCGCCCGACCCUCAAAACGUGCGCUGGGAGCACCUGUCCCUGGGCGGGGUCUCCUGGUGGAUCCGCUGCUUGAUCAUCAACUGCAUCCUCUUCCUCCUGCUCUUCUUCCUCACCACGCCCGCCAUCAUCAUCUCCACCAUGGACAAGUUCAACGUCACCAAGCCUGUGGAGUACCUCAACAACCCCAUCGUCACCCAGUUCUUCCCGACUCUCCUCCUCUGGGCCUUCUCCGCUCUGCUGCCCACCAUCGUCUACUACUCCGCUUUCUUCGAGGCGCACUGGACCAGGUCUGGAGAAAACCGGACUACGAUGCACAAGUGCUACACCUUUCUGAUCUUCAUGGUCCUUCUCCUGCCCUCUCUUGGACUCAGCAGUCUGGACGUUUUCUUCCGAUGGCUCUUUGAUAAAAAGUUUCUGGAUGACGCCACCGUCCGCUUUGAGUGCGUCUUCCUGCCGGACAACGGAGCCUUCUUCGUCAACUACGUAAUCGCCUCGGCCUUCAUCGGGAACGCCAUGGACCUGCUGCGCAUCCCAGGCCUGCUCAUGUACAUGAUCCGACUGUGCUUGGCGCGCUCGGCCGCCGACCGCCGCAAUGUCAAGAGGCAUCAAGCGUACGAGUUCCAGUUUGGAGCGGCGUACGCCUGGAUCAUGAACGUCUUCACCGUGGUGAUGGCCUACAGCAUCACCUGUCCCAUCAUCGUACCCUUUGGUCUGAUGUACAUGCUUCUCAAGCACCUGGUGGACAGGUACAAUAUGUACUACGCCUACCUGCCGUCCAAACUGGACAAGAAGAUCCACUCGGGUGCUGUCACACAGGUGGUGGCCGCGCCCAUCCUCUGCCUUUUCUGGCUGCUUUUUUUCUCCACCAUGCGCACAGGUUUCGAGACACCGACGUCCAUGUUCACACUGGUAGUUCUGGUGGUGACCAUCGUGGUGUGUUUGUCCCACGUGUGUUUCGGACACUUCAAGUACCUGAGCGCUCACAACUACAAGAUCGACACCAAGGACUCUGACGCCGAAGCUGUGGAGAACGGUCGUCCGCCCCGCACGUCGGCCUCGCCCCCCUCCAAAUCUCAGCAGCAGAUGUACAUCGCUCAGGUGCUUCAGGACCCCAACUCGGACGAGCCGGGCGGGGCCAGCGAGGAGGACCGGGCGUCGUCCCAGGAUGAAGAGUUGCUCAACGGAGGAAACAACAUCAACGAGGCGGAUUUCCAGUCAGGGGAGGACAGUCUGAUCGCCAACGAGGUCCGCCAGUAGCGAGGGGUGGAGCUCGAGGGAGGGGGCGGAGACAGUUGGCGUGCCUCGUGCUCAACACCACGCGAUGCUAGCUCCUCCCCUUCCUAGCUGGAAGACUUGACCCUGAUCUUGGACGUCGGAACAGAAACACUUGAGUGGCGGCCGAGGGUGGAAGUUCAACGCUGCCCGGAUCGUCCGCCGCCAACGCCGCACCUCGCCGACCGCCAUUUGUCGUCGUGAUAGAAGCUUCGCUCGAGUCUCCUCUUUUUUCCUAAGUUGAAGCUGGAGGAGUCUCUCUGCAUGUCAGUUGGACUCCACGUGGCCUCCUCUGGAAGAUCCUUUCUACCUUGUUCCUGGUGCUUCUUCUACCUGCACCCUCCUUCCUGGUGCUGGGUUAGCUUAGCGUAGCCACCUGCUAAGCUAGGCUAACAGCACUCUUUAGUUCUUCGCACAUCAGCUCAGCAGGCUAACGUUUGCCACAAAAGGACACAAACUGCUUUUUGGUUUCGGUCCUCCAAGUGAGGUGACAAAGUACAUCUCUUUGGUUGCCAUGGCAAUGCAAAAGUCAACACACUAAUUGUAACAGAGCGUUUAUAAUGACUUAAUUAGAUGUCUCAGGUGUGGUUUCUUUUCCCUCAAAAAUAAUGUUUACAUCCUUUGUUGCUUUUUUUUUCUUCCUUUGUGCGUCUGUUGGUGCGCGCGCGUGCGCGUGUGUGCGCGCGCAGAGCUGAACUGUGAAAGCUGUAGACGCCAACACCACCUGGCGGGGUGCCUUGUGGGGGUCUACAUGCCGGAGAAGCCGCUGUGUGUCGGGCAACUGCGGACUUCCUGCUGUGACGGUAGACGGUCGUUCACGAUGUCGCCAUGGCAACACCUUUUGUGUUUCCUGCUCCACAAUAAAAGCGUCUGCGUUUUGUGUUUUAUUGUGUAGGAGGAGGAAGUCGCGGGCGUGAAAGGGAACGUUUUGGUUAGCCUGUGAAGCUAACCGCUUCCUCGCUUUGCUCUCUUUCCCGGCCUUUGAAAACUUCACGCUCCGAAAUGUCAAAAUAAGCAAACGCGUGUAUAUAAAAAGUAGAUGUCAAAGUGCACUAAACGCCCACAAUAACU